AAAGUAAUUAUCUUUCAACCCCAAUUAUUAAUAGUUUAAUGGCAGGAGUCAUUCUGGGUGAUACCCGAUCGAAAGAGAUAGAGUUAGAUGAAAUCAAGUCACUAUGUGUCUUUAAAGCCUUUGCCUGA